AUGGAAACUGAGCAAGACACUCUACCAAAGCCCAAUGAUCAACCUGUUCUUCCACGAUCAUAUCAGACGGAGAUGGUGGCACAAGCCAUAGAUGAAAAUCUUAUCGUCUGUUUACCAACGGGCAGUGGAAAGACCUAUAUAUCCGUUAUGUUGAUAAAAGAAUUAUUAGGAUCAACAAAUUCAAAACUUUGUCAUGGUGGUAAACGAACCAUAUUUCUGGUUAAGCAAGUAACACUUGUUCAUCAACAAGGUGACUAUAUUUCUAUGCAUCUUGGUAAAGAAAUAAGUGUAGGAAAAUACUAUGGUGAUAUGGGUGUCGAUCUAUGGAACAAAUCUGAAUGGGAUAAAGAACUUGAAACACAUCAAAUACUUGUAAUGACUGCACAAAUAUUUGUUAAUAUAUUAGAUCAUGCAUAUUUUUUUAAUUUAUUAAUAUUUGAUGAAUGUCAUCAUGCCACUGGCGCUGAUCCAUACGCUUCCGUGAUGAAUAAACAUUAUAAUAAUAUUUCUGGUAAUAUGCCACGAAUACUUGGUUUAACAGCAUCAAUUACAUCAAGAAAAAUUAAAGCUAAUAAAUUAGAAAAAGAAAUGAAACAACUUGAAUCAACAUUAAAAUCUCGAGUAGAAAGUGGUUCAUCUCGAGAAGAGAGUCGUCGAUAUGGAACAUCGGCUUUAGUAAAACAUAUUUCAUGUGUACCAUAUGAAUCAAAUUGUAAUGAUAGUAUAAAAAUGGCAUUUGAGAUCUUAGAUCAAAUAUCAUUAGAAAUUGCAGAACAUUAUUCAGAAAGUCGUAGUGAACGAGAUGAACAAGAGUAUCAAUUAAGUGAAUUAAUGUUAUUUACAGAUUAUCAAAAUACAAACAUGUUUAAUUAUAAUGAACAAUCGGCACGUUAUAUGCAAAUAUGUCAAUCACAAUCUAUAACUGUACCAAAAUUAAAACGACAUAUUGAUAAUAUUAAACAUAUGGGUAAUGAUCUAGGUUUAAUGGGACUAUAUUUAGCAUCUUUACAUUUAAAAAAUUGUUUAAAAAUUGAUUUAAAUAAUCAAUUGAAUUUUAAUAAAUUAUCAUCUCAACAAUUGAUUAUGAAUGUUCAUAAUAAAAUUGAAUUAAUGACUGAUAGUAUAUUAAACACUUUAGUUGAAACAAAUUCAACAAAUUAUCGUCUCUUGUAUAGUGAAAAAGUUUGUUCACUAUUGGAACAGAUUGUUGAACAAUAUGCUCUAACAUUAUCACUUGAAACAUAUGAUUAUAGUAGUUCACCUAUGAAAUGUAUCGUUUUUGUUGAAAGAAUAUGUACGGCUAUUAUAUUAUCAGAAUUAUUCGAGAAUGUGUGUCAAAAAAGAUAUCCGGAGUAUAACAGUAUAAAAUCAAAAUAUGUUGCCGGUACAAAAUCAUUUGGUAUUAAAGAUGUAAUGAGUGCAAAACAUCAACGUCAAACUAUCAAUGAAUUUCGUACUGGAAAAAUAAAUUGUUUAAUAGCAACAGCUGUGGUUGAAGAAGGUCUUGAUAUACCUCAGUGUAAUCUUGUAUUUCGAUUUAACAAACCAAAUAAUUUUUGCUCAUAUAUGCAGUCAAAAGGACGAGCUCGUGCUAAAAAAAAUGCAUCAUUUAUAAUAUUGAUGUCAUCUGACGAUGACAAAGCUUUGGCAGAAUAUCGUGAAUAUGAAGAGAUUGAAACAAUGUUACAAAAUGAAUUUUAUUUUCGUUCGUUAUCUUUUGAUGACGAUAUUGAAGAUGCUAAAGAACUACAACCAUACGUAACAGAAAAGGGUGUUAUCAUUGAUGCAGUACGAGCUGUUCGACUUAUUUACGAAUAUUGUGCUAUACUUGGUCAUGGUCAAAUAUUUCCACCAAGAGUUUUAUUUCAUGGUAGUGGUCCAUAUACAUGCAUUCUCUCAAUGCCCGCGAAUUGUCCCGUUCGAAAUGAUAUUAUGGUAUGUACAAUAUGUUGGUUACAUGAAGAAUUGAUCAUAUAAUAAAAAAAAUGAAUUAUUUUCAGUGUGAACAAAACAGGAAAGGUCUUGCAAAAUACGAUUGUUGGUAAAUAACUCGUUUUUUUUUCAUAGAAUAUUUUAAAUUUAAAGAAUAAUAAUAACCUAGGGAUAGUGUAUAAUAAGAAUUUUCAACCUUUAGGACAGAGAUCGAGUUGUAUUUGUCUUUGACUCGGACUCAGGCUCAAGAUGAAACACUCGGUAAACUUGAUAAACUGACUCGAGUCACUUACGAGUCAGCCAUGUGCAACUUGAGAUUGUUAUGACGGUGUUUAUUAUAUUUGUUAUGUACCAGAAGAGAGAGAGAUUUGAGAAUAUUUUAAGCAGAACAUCGUGUCCAGAUUAUUGACUUUUAAUGCCAAUUGUUUCAUUUCUGUAUCUCGCGACAUUGAACGAGAAAGAGCUUUCGUUUCUCUAAACAAACAUAUCAGAACUUUCACCAUGUGAACCAGUUUCUUGAAUGAAGCAAUUGGUAUUAAAAAUCUAUAAUUUGGUGUAGCCAAAACUAUAUGUACUUAUUUUAGUCAAUGUGGGUUAACACAAAAGCAUAGAUGAAAGUUAUGAAACAAGGCACAGCGUGCAUCCAGGCGGACAUUCGGGAAAAUUUCGAAAGCGAGUUUUUCGGUGAUUUGAAUAGUGUUUUAUAUACAGUUUAAUGUGCUGUAUCUAACGGUAAAAAAGUGUUUUCCAUAGUUGUUUUUAUUCGGUAAAAAAGUCAUCGGCAAAAAUUGAUUUGAAAACUACCGUUAUAAAACAAACUUCAAUUUUUAAAACUGGAGAAAGUGUUUACAAAUUAACAGAUGAUAUAAUAAGAAUCUUGACAGCGCGGGCUAUCGAUUGUUAAAAAUGUUUUUUGAUUUGGAACCUUUCCUUCAUGAAAAGUUAGCCGAGACAUUUUCGCAGGUAAGUUUUCCUAGAGGUGGGUUCAGCAAAAUCGACCCCCCACUUACAUCCAGUCUCGAAAUAUUCUGGAACUUUUAGGAAAUGUUCAACCGUAUAUGGCACGUAUAUGAUGUUAGCGUAAAUUAGCAUAAACGUUCCCGGACUUAGAUAUGGGUUUUCCAAAAACCUUGGCUUUUCCAGGUAUUUUUCAUUUAUCUCGAUCCAGAAAUGUUUUUAUUUAAUAAAAAUGAUAUAUUCAGAGUCACCGCAAGAAACUACAUCAAAUGAUGUACGAUUAAUAGGUUUUUCUGAGCAAAAACUUGUUGAAUCUAACGAAACGUUAAAGUCGAAGCAUAGCUUAAUAAUUUUGGCUAAGGAUUUUGAUAUUUGCUAUAGAAGCAAUCGGAAAGCCUGUAAACACUUUUUUAGAGGUUUUCAGAUAUGCUCUUUCCAAUGCUGC